CAUGUCUGCAGCCUCAAACCUCUUGCACACCUGACUCUCGCUGUCUGUGGUGAGCUUGUGUCUUGGGUGUUGUGGGUGUCUUCUGAGUUUGACUCCACUGCACUGCUACCGAUGGCAGGUAAAUGCAGCUGCCCCUGUUGUCCUCCUGUAGCAGAGCCUAAGCCCAUUGUUUUGUCAACAGCAACAACUUUAGCCCCUGCCAACCAGCUAUGGAGCACCGACAGAGACAAGGCUGUCACCCUGAGGAUGGAGGGUUCAGGCCCAGGAUCCGAGACUCCAAUGACGAUCCAUCAGAUGUUCCUGGAGACGGUGGAGGGCUAUGGCGACCGUGCAGCUUUGGCUUCCAAGAAAGAAGGACAGUGGGUCACCCUGACCUGGAGGCAGUACUACGAGCAGUGCCGAGCAGCCGCCAAGAGUUUUCUCAAGUUGGGGCUGGAGCGUUACCAUGGUGUCGGUAUUCUGGGAUUCAACUCCCCUGAAUGGUUUAUCGCUGAUAUUGGCUGCAUCUUGGCUGGGGGCCUGGCAGCCGGUGUCUACACAACCAACUCCCCAGAGGCAUGCCAGUACGUGGCAGCCAACUGUGAGGCCAACGUCCUGGUUGUUGAGAAUCACAAACAGCUCGUUAAAAUCCUACAGAUUAAAGAUCAGCUACCUCAUCUGAAAGCCAUUGUCCAGUAUAAAGACGAGCUGCAGCAGAAGUUACCAAACCUGUAUACGUGGGCAGAGUUCAUGAAGCUCGGAGAGGAGGUGCCCGAUGAGCAGCUGAAUACUGUGAUUGGCAGUCUGCGGGCCAAUGAGUGCUGCACCCUCAUCUACACCUCUGGAACCACUGGCAACCCCAAAGGAGUUAUGUUGAGCCACGAUAAUCUCACCUGGAUAUCCAAUAUAGUGGGUGUCAUAGCAGAGUUGAACCACGGUGAGGAAGAGCUGGUCAGUUACCUGCCCCUGAGCCAUGUUGCCGCUCAGCUCAACGACAUGUGGGUCUGCAUGAGGUAUGCAGGCACCACCCACUUUGCUGAGCCAGAUGCCCUGAAAGGCUCCUUAGGGACCACUUUGAAAGAAGUGCGCCCGACGUCUUUCCUGGGAGUCCCACGUGUGUGGGAGAAGAUGCAAGAGAAGAUGAAAGCUGUAGGUGCCAAGGCAUCCCCGAUGAGGAAGAGAGUGGCAGACUGGGCUAAGUCCAUAGGGCUGCAGUACAACUACAGUGCCAUGAACGGGGAGAAUGUGGUGCCCUGGGGCUUCAUGCUGGCGAACAAUCUGGUCUUCAAGAAGGUGCGUUGGGCACUGGGCUUAGACCGCUGCAAGAACUGCUACACAGGCGCCGCCCCCGUCACCAAGGAAACUCUGGAGUACUUCAUGAGCCUCAACAUCCCCCUGAUGGAGGUGUAUGGCAUGAGUGAAAGCUCCGGGCCGCACACCGUCUCCUUGAUUAACGACUUCCGCAUUAUGAGCUGUGGAAAGGUGUUGCCAGGUUGCAAGACAAAACUGGACAAUCCAGACAAGGACGGGAAUGGAGAGGUCUGCUUCUGGGGACGGCACAUCUUUAUGGGCUACCUGAACAUGCCUGACAAGACAGCAGAGGCUCUGGACCAGGAUGGCUGGCUGCACUCUGGGGACCUGGGCAAGCACGACCAAAACAACUUCCUGUACAUCACUGGAAGGAUCAAGGAGCUGAUCAUCACAGCCGGUGGAGAGAACAUCCCCCCGGUGCCCAUCGAGGAUGCAGUGAAGGCUGAGACCAGCAUCAUCAGCAACGCCAUGCUGAUCGGAGACAAGCUCAAGUUCCUCUCCAUGCUGCUCACUCUCAAAUGCGUUGUGGAUGACAACGGCGAGCCUACGGAUGAGCUGACCCCCGAGGCCGUGGCUUUCUGUCAGCAGCACGGCGUCACAGCAACCAAGAUCUCAGAGAUCCUAGCCAAUAAGGAGCCGGCUGUCUACAAAGCCAUUCAGGAGGGCAUGGAGCGCGUGAACGCCAGAGCGACCUCCAAUGCCCAGAAGAUCCAGAAGUGGGUCAUCCUGGACCGAGACUUCUCUGUAUCCGGAGGUGAACUGGGGCCCACCAUGAAACUGAAGAGGCCCGUCGUCGUGAAGAUGUACCAGGAGAAAAUAAAUGAGAUGUACGAAGGAGAGAAACAGUAGAACGAAACGCACAUGGAUCGUACAACACCCAAGGGGCUCAUGAGAAAUUCGGGCUCAGUUUAUGAACACUACAUUGUGCCCUUCCUCAUACUCAGAAAUGUAUUAUCUUUUCACAUGAAAGUGCUCGUAAAUUGCAAAAAAAGGAAGAAAAAAAUUAUAAUUGAGGCGCCUGAUCAGGAAAAAGUCUUGAUUCUGUUUUGUAUUUAAUGGCUACAGAGUUUUGUAGAGACUGUCAACAUGUUAAAGGAACAGUUCACCCAAAAUACAAAAAAAAAAAA